GGGACCAAAAGUUAUAUUUGUUCAUGCUCUUGAUGAUGAUUGCAGGCCGGUACAUGCAGAAUGAAGAUCAAUUGAAUUGAUAAGCCGAAAUAAUGAACAGGUUAGUAACUGUGGCAUGCUGGUGGAGAAUAGAUGGUACAAAUGAACCCAGAAUUGCGGAACGACUUGAUUUUUCUUCACCUGAUACAAAUAAUCUGAGCAGUGACGGUUGAGGUUUUCUAGGGGUUUCCCUCGCCCGAGUGCGAAUGCAGUCACCAAAAAAACAUAUUCCCC